AUGAAGUACAGCUACCGUGUGCCGGCGUCUACGUACGCACGCAGCUCACAGUACACACCAACUUACCACACUACCACCCAGUACACCCCCUCAUAUUACACACCGCCACCGUACACAUCCUCAUACACGUCCGCAUCAAAGUACAAACCGACACAGUACAGCACCACAUAUUACACCCCGUCACACCACACGUCCACUUACAAGCCUGCAUCAGCAUACGUCCCUUCAUACAGCAAAGGGUCGCAGUACAGCUCAACACGUGGCACUCAAGCACAGGAAAAGCCUGCACCUGUAAUUCCUGUCACACCUGCCAGGAGGACAGUGCACUUCCCCAAUGACAUCAUCUUCCAGGAUAUUGUUAGACGGGGAGAUCUGGAGCAGAUUGGUCGGUUCAUGAGAGCAAGGAAAGUUCGUGUGGAUACAGUUUUCCACUCAGGUAUGGCAGCACUACAUGAGGCUGUGCUAACGGGGAACCUGGAGGUGGUGAAGCUGCUGGUCAAAUAUGGCGCCGAUGUCCAUCAGAGAGACGAGGACGGCUGGACGCCGCUCCACAUGGCCUGCAGUGAUGGCUACCCAGAAAUUGCCAGAUAUCUGCUAUCAAUGGGCGCCAGCACAGAGGCAGAGAAUGAAAGUGGAGAGAAGCCCGCAGACCUCAUCGACCCAGAGUGCAAAGACCUCGCCAAACUGUUUGAAACUGGCUGCGUCUGA